AUGGCUGAUCCCUCUCGUCCCGUACACCAGCCCAUCCAGCCCCAUGUCCGGCCCCUGCUAGACCCGGAGUACGUCGCCUUCCACGACAAGUACUUCCAGUACCUCGUCCCGGACGACACCAAGCCCUGGGACGGCUCCGCCCGGCUCAAGAACCCGCACCUGCCGGCCACGGAGAGCGAGCCCGUCCCCGUAGGCAACGUCCGCGACAUCAAGGUCAACGACAACUACACGGUCCGCGUCUUCACCCCGGACGGGCCCAAGCCGGCGGCAGGCUGGCCCGUCUUCCUCUGGUUCCACGGCGGCGGCUGGGCCGUGGGCGACCUCGCGGCCAACAACGACGUGUGCGCGCUCGUCUGCCAGCGGGCCCGCUGCGUCGUCGUCUCGGUCGCGUACCGCCUCGCGCCCGAGCACCCCUACCCGGCGGCCUUUGAGGACGCCGUCGACGCGCUCCGCUGGGUCCGCAGCGAGGCCGGCUCCGCGGCGCUGGGCGGGACGGACCCCGGCCGCGUCGCCGUGGGCGGCACGUCCGCGGGCGGGCAGCUGGCGGCGUCGCUGUCGAUCGCCGCGGCCUGCGGAGAGAUCGAACCGCCGGCCAGGCUGGCGUUCCAGCUGCUCGUCGUACCCGUCGUCGACAGCACGGCGACGGUGGAGACGGCGUGGGCGGCGAACCGGGACGCGCCGUGGCUGACGCCGGCGCGCAUGACGUGGUACCGCCGGAUGUACCUGCCCGACGAGGGCCGGGCGCGGGAGUGGCAGGUCUCGCCCAACUUUGCCUCCCGGGAGCUGCUGGCGGGCAGCCCGCGCACCUGGAUCGCGGUGGCGGAGCAGGACAUCCUGGCGCCCGAGGCGGAGGGGUACGCUGCGCAGCUGGCCGAGGCGUGGGCAGAACGGGGCGUCGAGGACGUCGAGGUCGUGACCAAGAUCUACCAGGGAUCGUGCCACCCGAUGCUGACACUGAACGGUAUGUCAAAAGCGCCCCCACUGAGAUUUUACAAUGGAGAGACUGACUUGACUUGGUGA